AUGUCCACUGUACAGACUCUUCACCUCUCAGUGGCCUUGCUGCUUCUGUCAGCCACGACUGCAUUUGCAGCCGAUGACGAAAAAGACAACACUGACUUUUUGCUGAAUGUGUUCUCUGAUAUAGGCCCAAUUCUUGCACUCUUCGGAGAGCAAUUCGCUCGCCAGUUCCUCAAAUACCAAGAGGAGAGUCGACCUCCUCUCUUCAAGCGGUUCGGGCCGUCACCUAAGCCGAAAGAUGCCAACCAGGAUGCCUCAACACAAGUGACUGGGACAUCGGGAGACCUUGAAGCUGGUACGGUGCAGACGAGGAACGUGAUGAACUCAGACAGCCAUGACCCUCGUCAAGAAACCUCAAAUGAGCGUGGCGUGCCUCUACAACAACUACCUAGGACCCCUAGCAGACGCGUAUUGCGCAAGGAUACCCGGCCAAAUGGUCUGAACCUCUCCAGCAAAAAGGGUUCCAAUCUGACUCUUGCCACAAAUGUUCAUAAUACCGAAAAGAAGAAUUCUUGGCUUACUUUGAGAAGCUCCAAUCUUCAGCUGAACAUUCCCUGUGAAGAUGUCUCGGAAAGAAAGCACCGCUCUCACCUUGUUCUAGCUGCCAUGGUGGCAUUGACCUUGCAGGUCGCAUUGCUUGUCAUUGCUGUUUCGACAGUCCAUUUCGUUUCGGGAUUUGAGCCAGAACCGUGGGGGCUUCCUUGUUAUCUUGGCGGUUCUGUCCUUCUGUUUCUGGGCAUGUUGGCAUGUUCGGUGGCGAUCGAAAAGCGAACCCGCGAACUUACCUGGUAUAUUCCAGUUCUAGGUUCUGAUGGGCAAGAAAAACGCAAAGAGUUUCGUCUUUUCUGGGUUCAACGAAAUCAGCGCGUGAGUGAGCAAGACUUCGGUUCUUAUAUCAUCGAUGGGGGAACCAGGAAUCACGUUAUGACAUCGAGUCGAUGUAAAGACCUUGAAGGUCUAGAAAAAUCCAAUUCUCUCGCAAAUGACCCUUCGAAGAGUCCGACGGGCACUACCGAUACGCCUUCCGAUCAACCAGAGGGUUCGAAGGAGCCCCAGGAACUCUCAUUCUUGCCAUUGUUACCCUUAAUAGCAGUUCUAUUUGGCGGAGUCGGAUUCACUGUCCAAUUCAUCGGGCUGAGGGGCCUCCCAUGGCCUUGCGCUGUUUCCCAGCUUGGUGCCAUGAUCCUCAUGGCAAUCAUAAGGGCUCUUAUACGCAGGCGUCUUACGAAGUCUUUAAUUCAUUACCCGGUGCUCCAAAAGCACGAGCUUGACUACCUGGCCAUCCGACUGGUCGAAACGGAAGGCGAUGUAUUCAAAGAUCACCCAGCCAAUGAUAAAACCUCUAGGAAACCAUGGGCUCCUCGAGCUGCAAUCAAAUCUAUUCUGAAGAAGUUGUCUGGUGACGAGAACGACCACAAACAUCAACCAUCCGCAGAAAUACUGGUGUGGAAGGUCGACACUAAAUCUAUCGUAACGUUUGGAUCGAAGAAGGGGUCAAGCGCUAAAUCAAUGGACAAGCCUAUCUUUAUGCAAAGCCACAAUACUGAUAAUACAGAUGCUAAACUCGUUCCGAAUCCCACAGAAAGCCCCGGAUCUGACCCCGACGAUAAGGGUCAAUCUGCGAUUUUUGUCCGAAAGCGACUUGGGGACUUAUGCAAGUGGCCUGACAGUACAUCCAAGCCAGCAUUGGCAUUGACUUUAUCUAUCGAAAAAUUUAUGACAGAUUUCUUUCCAGACGGGCUGUCGACCGAUAGCCCGAAACAACUGGCAUGCAAGAUCCCGUUCAGUCGUUCUCCUUCAUCCAAUACGAACAAGUCCCUCAGCAGUUCUAAUCAGAACACGCCUUCUGGUAGUUCUCAUCAGACGCCUGUAAGUUGGAUCAACCUCGAUAUUGCACAAGAGCCCGAAGGCAAGGUAUGGACCGUCGAUAGUGGACAGGUUCAAGCAAUUUUAUCUCUUUGGAUGGCCCAUUGGACAGCCCGUCGGGUGGACCACCUUGAAGCAGAAAGCAAGCACGGGGAGAAGCAAGUCAGUACCGACUGGAGGCGUGCUGGUGAUGGUUCUCAUGUUGAAUACUGCAGAAGGCUAGGGGAAAAUCGACACGGGGUGUUGAAACGAGACAUCUCUUGGUGGGUCAACAAUGCAGUUGAGGGGCUACAAACAGAACACCCCGAAAGUCCGGAAUUACCCCAUGACUAUGCUAGCUCUGGAUCAAAGGAAAGCCGGUUCAGUUUCGGUUUCAAUUGUUUGGAUGCGAAAGGCGGUUCGGAAACACCCGAGUUUCUGGUGCAACACUCGACUGCAGAUCUCGCGACUCUCAUGGCACAGCACCUUUUCACUUGCUUUAUGUGGAACAUCGGCGGCCUACUACCGAAGAACCUCCUCAACCGUGCAGAUAUCAACAUAAACGAGUUUGUCAAGGUCGAAUCCUCUCGUUUGUUUAAUCUACGUUCCUCCAUCAGGGCGCAAUGUGGCCGGCGACUGAGUCACAGACAACUCACGAAGUUCGUCAAUUACGCCGAGAAACAAGGUCUAGGUACUCCCGACGAUAUCCUCCUGUGUAUCAUUCCAACCUUCAGUUUUUUCGAUUGCCUACCCAACAACGCUGUUCUCGCCUACGACCAGCUUCUUCCCAAACCCUUCGGAAGUUUCGACCUGAAGGAGCAAGGGGGAAAGUGCAUUGAGCAUGCCAAUCUUCUGGAUUGUGUUCGGGAGAACAAGGGUAUGAAAGAGAAUGAAUAUCUUUCCUUGGCCGCCGUGGUUAAUACAAUGGAGUUUGUUUAUCUUAUGGCCCUUCACGUUGAUAAAGCCAAGAGCCUAUUCGAGCGUCUCGAGAUCGGCACAAAGAACAACGACACCUGGCCCACGGUCUGGAAGGGAGGGGAUGAGGAGGAGGUGGAAGAAGCUUUCAAGCAUAACAUCGGAUUCGGAAAAUGGCAUUGUGAAAUUGCUAAGACCGAAACGAAAGCCUGUUUGGAUUUGCAACUAAUGCUACAUUCGGAAGAUAAGACGGGUACCGCGCGGGAUAUUUUUGGUUGGACACCACUGCAUUAUGCUGCUGCCCGCCCAGACCUCAAUUUCAAGCCGGAAGAAGGGACCCCCGAGACUAAAGAACUCGAAGACACCCUGAACAGAAGCUUUCAGACAAAACGAUGGGUCGAUAAAUUUUGCCGCAGUCCUGUCCACAUCGCAGCUGCAGCUGGAAACAUCAAUCUCCUUGAAAUCCUAUUACCCUACUUACAUCAUGAAGCAAGAUUGGCUAUAUUCAAGGGUGGGGUGGACGAAAUGGACCCAUUGCAUCUUGCUGCGCAAGGUGAUCACAAGAACUGCAAGCGAGACAGGGAGACAAACAACCCACAGGAAGAACCCACGGACGGUAAUUACAACGAGUGCAUUACUACACUUCUACAACAUAGGCCCGACGUUCAAAACGACACGGAUGCAUGGAACCAGAGUCCAAUCCAGACGACGCUGACUAGACAAUGCGACGAAUGCGCCCAUAGCUUACUACAGAACCAAAGCCUCAAAUUCAAUCCUGAAACGCUCGACGAGUUCAAAAAAUCAUUGAUGUCUUACUUCAACGCAAAAGACAAACGGCACCGUCUUAUUGGAAAAGAACUUCUCUUGAAUCACUACCAGAAGUUCCAAACUCAGAAAAGUGGGAGUGACAGUAUUCUGCAUCAUGCUGUCAGGCUUUUGGAGCCUAAUGACCUCCGCACAUUGCUUAAGGCUUUAAAUACUUCAACUCCGCGUGUUCAGCCGCCUUUCAAUGUCGACGUAACAAAUAAGGAGGGGAAAACUCCCUUGUAUUUGGCUGUCUCGGCUAACAACACGAGCCUAGUUAGGUGUCUUGUCAAUGCUGAUGCCUCCCCAUCGGUCCAAGAUGAGAAUCGCAUUUCUCCCAUGAUAUUGGCCUGUAAAGAAGGUUAUGCAGAAGUUGCAGAUGACUUGUUGACUAAUAAUCAGACGCCAUUACAGUCUGCGGUCAUAGCGAACCAAAACCAGGUUUGCUUAGAUUUAUUACGCAACAAGGCCAGUAUCAAGCUGGUAGAUGUCAAAAGAUUGAGUACUCUGAACAAGAUUGUUCAAUCUGGUCCCAAAAUGGAAAGACAGUCCUUAGCAAAAUGGGAAAGUCAGAUUCGGGAGACAACAGUAAAAAAGGCCAAUGAACAAGAUGGGAAUGGAGACACUGCUUUGCAUACGGCUGUCUACCAGAAGGAUUAUGACACGUUCGAUUGGCUUAUGCAGAAUGAGGUCGACUUACACAUUGAGAACAGUUCGGGAAGAACAGCUUUUAUUGAAGCAUGUCGCCGAGAAAACUGCCACCGUUUCAUCCGACGCGUUGUACAUGCCCUCAAUUCUAAAGUUCCUGAGCCAAAGGUCAGCCAAACGUCUCGUCCCGAAGGUGACACGGACGACGAGCAACAUCUUCCAAGUACCGAUUGGCUGCAGAACCUUGAAAGAACCAAAUUCGACAUCAACGCAGGUGAUUCUAUGUUCGACGAAUCUCCUUUAGCUUGGGCCUGCGAGGAUGGGCUUGAAGAGGUCGUUAAAAUCUUGCUCGAAGCAAAGGAAAUCAAUGUCACACGAAAGGCUACCAAAUUUGACAGCUACACACCACUGCAUUUUGCGUUGACAAGCAAGAAUUCUGCAAUUGUUCAGUUAUUGCUUGACCACCCGGAAGGGCAUGUUAUUUGGAAUGGGCCAGACAAAAAUGGCUUUACAACGAUAGAGUUUGCGAUCAAAAACACAAAUGGAGAUUGCCUUUACAAAUUGCUGAUGCACCCCAAGGGCCAGCCCGGUGAACUUUCUUGCUCCGACCCAGGAGCGGUCCUGAAGGUUUGCGCCGGCUACAACAUCCAGCCAAGUGACUGGGGCUGGAUCUCAGAUGUAACAUUCUCGCGUUCUUUCUCGGACCACUUUUAUUUCCGCACUCAAGAAGCUAUUCCUCCAGAAGAUUCGGACUUUUACUUCGAAGUUAAGAUUAUUCGUCUUCCGAAGAACAAUGUAUUUAUGUUGGGCUUUUGUGGAGAAGAAAUUCCAAAAUACCGGGCACCCGGCUGGGAUCCAGGUUCUUGGGCCUACCACUCAGACGACGGAGGUUUGUUUGAGGGUGACGGCCGGGCCAUUGUCAAAGAUGAUAAACACAGUUGUGGACAAGGCGAUACCAUGGGUUGUGGGGUAAACUUCGAAACGGGCCAGGGCUAUCGAACACUGAAUGGGGAUCUGCUCGACUCGGGCAAUGCUUUCACCAGUGGUUGGUUGAAAACUGGAAAGCUAUAUCCUUGUGUGGGUUUCCGCGACAGUGGCAAUGGAGGCAAACUACAAGCUGAGAUAGCCUUACUUGGCCCCGGCACACGAUUAUUCAAGAGUGAUCUGUCCCAGAAGGAGCGAGCUCGAAAUCAUUGA